AUGGGCCUACUUGACCAGCUCUGGGACGACACCGUCGCCGGGCCUCGGCCCGAUAUCGGUCUUGGCAAGCUCCGCAAGCACAAAACCUUCAGUUUCCGAUCCAGCUCCGCCAACGGAUCGUCGGAUGGAGGGAACGUGGGAUCGUACGGUGAGGAUUCGACAGAGGAGGCGACGAGAGUUACACGGAGUAUUAUGAUAGUGAAACCCCCAGGAUAUGGGAGCGGUAACAGCGGAUCGCCUCCGAUUUCGCCAGCUGGGUCUACGCCUCCGGUGUCCCCGUUUUCUGGUGGCAGCAGCAUGGGAAGAUUCAGGAGGAGGUCGGCGUCGGAUGCAUACGAGAAGGCAAGCCAGGUUGGUGGAGGAGGAGCAAGGAGCAGCCCCCGGUCUCCUUUCGACGUGUGA